AUUUCGCCCUCUAUGUAGCUUGGUUGCCUUGCAAAACAAAAAGAAGCUGACAUUCAGAUUUCCUAAUGUGAUGGGAAUUGCAGCUCGCAACUUUUUCCUUGUUUAUCGGUGCUAGUUAGUAGCGAAAAGGUGCAUAAUUUCGUUUUUACAAUCGCCAACCUUGAGCACCACUCUUCGCGCCAGAUCGCAUUUUAAUUCGAGACAACUGUGGCGGCCAAGGAAUUUGCCGCAAAGGGAUCGUCCUCACUGGUCCCACCAGCAGUAGAAGGUCGGGGGAGGUGUAAAGUAACGCUACUGCAUGAUGUCGAUGCCUCACGGACAGAGCUAUGAUUAUCAUCGAACCACGUUCGAUGGGGAACGAAACGAGCGCUGCGGAUGCUGCGUUCGUACGAUGAAAUGGUUUCCAGUGCUGUUUAUUGCCUCUGUGAUCGGUUGGUCAUACUACGCGUUUGUGAUACAACUUUCCUUUUUUACCGUCACCAACAUUGUUCAGAGGAUAUUGUUCCUGCUCUUCUACCAUGCCGUGCUGGUUAUGUUCCUGUGGUCGUACUACCAAACAGUAUUCACCGACAUCGGUCGGGUUCCCUCCAGGUUUCACGUUCCGCGAGCAGAGCUCGACCGAAUAGUACGUGCUACGAAUGAGGUGGAGCAGAAGGAAAUACUCGAAACGUUUGCGAAGGAACUUCCGGUGGUGACGCGAACGUUAAACGCAUCCGUGCGCUUCUGCGACAAAUGCCGGCUCAUCAAACCGGAUCGGGCACAUCACUGCAGCGUGUGCGGCGUUUGUGUCCUGAAGCUGGACCAUCACUGCCCCUGGGUUAACAAUUGCAUCAAUUUCACCAACUACAAGUACUUCAUUCUAUUUCUGGGCUAUGCACUGUUAUACUGUGUGUAUGUAGCAUGCAGUACCAUCCCCUAUAUGGAGCUAUUGUGGACGGGUAAAAUUGAUGGUAGAUUUCAUAUUUUGUUCCUGUUUUUCGUCUCCGUUAUGUUUGCAAUCAGCUUGGUUAGCCUGUUCGGCUAUCACGUUUACCUGGUGCUUCUAAAUAGGACGACGUUAGAAUCAUUUCGUACACCAAUUUUCCGAUUCGGCGGUCCAGAUAAGAAUGGGUUCAGCUUGGGAAAGCUGAACAAUUUUCAGGAAGUUUUUGGAGAUGAUUGGCGGCUGUGGUUCGUUCCAGUGUAUACUAGCCUUGGGGAUGGGAUAGUAUUUCCCUGCCGCGAUGUAGCACCAUAUAGCAUCGAAUUCGCCGCAUGAAGUAAUGUCCCCGUAGCGCCCCUGACCGCUAUCACCAUUGGCAGUCAAUGUUGUAACGGCGCGGUUGCAAGUAGCACCGUUCGGGUCGAUCCAAAAGCUCAAACGAUCAUAUUAGAACACCUCGACGAAACAAAGGAGGGCGGUGGGCACCGUCGCCAGGGUCAGCAACAAACUGUGGUCAUGUCGCUCAGCACAAACGGCUUGCCCACUGUAGGAAACCAAAGAGUGCUUCGUGUCCACUAAACCUUCCUGGGCAGUAGUUAGAGCUAGUGACUGGUAGAGAGCAGGAGGAGAGUGGUUAUGAAGGAUAAAGUUCUUAAAUUUUGCUCACUGGUGGGUCGUACUCAGUAACAGCCCUGAUUCGCAUUGUGCGUUGCCUUAAUCUUUGAAAAACAAAAAUGCUGCUUAUGGGAUUCGCAAUCCAAUGGACUUCUGUUAUUCAAUCGAAUUAGAUAUUAAGAGCCUUAGUUGUCUUAUGUCAAACGUUUCUUCCUUGCUAUUUUGUACAAGUAACGAAUGACCCUAGAGGAGAAUUGGAAUACAAGAUUUCGUAUGUUUCUAAACUUAAAAUAAGGUACAAACGACAGAAUCAAUAUGGAUAAAUAUGUAAUGAACUCUAGAAACUUGAAAUUCGCUAAUAACAAUGGAUUCCAUUCCUCUGUUCAAUGAUACUGUUAAGUUGUUCGUAAGCAAUGCAUCGACUUAAUUAAUAUCUUACAAAAGUAUUUGAUGAAAAUGGUAUUUAUAAAAAGAACUGGAAAUAAAUGUUACAUAUAUCCCGGGAGGAAUAGGAGCGGUCCUUGAUAUAAAUUUUGUUUUUUUUUUUUACAUUUACGUUUUAAACCAAUACAAGAUAAAACAUUUUUUUGUUAAUUUUGUAAUUUGAAAUUCAAUCAAAUAGCAAUAAUGUGUUGUUGUCCGGUGAUGAUUUUUCAAAACAGAACGAUAAAGAAGAUUCACUACUUUACUCUCUUUCAGCAUGGGCGACGGCGUAGUGUACCCAAUGCGAUGCUAUGACGAGGACGCCGAAGCAUUGCUAGGUGGCGAACAGCAUGGUAAUCGUUCCGGAACGGAAAACCUUCACGAUUUCGAAGCAGCAACGUUUUUGAAUGAAUAUGGCAAUCUAAUGAACUGAACAAUAAUAAUGCUAUGUUUUAAAACGCGUAGUUAAGCGCUUAGAGUGUGGAUCGUAACUAUUGUUUAGUUAGUUAAUUUGCUAUAGGCAUAGCACGUACCAGACUCGGCAGCAGUAGUAUGCAAAUAGGCAAAAGAUGGAUAUUAACAAUGCAAUAGACCGUAGGAAACGUCAACUUAAACACGAACAAAAUUACGAUAUUCCAGCUUUAAUGUUCAAAUGUGAUGUAAGUCAUAUCCAUCAAACAGUCUUUAAGGAAAGCAUUUAAAAAUCACCUGUAAUUCAAUCGUUCCCCCAGAUGCUGACUUGAGACUAUUUUACGUGAGCCAGUAUGCAUUUAUUUAUCAAACUCAACACCAUUCCAGUGAUGCGUAAAUGACGAAAUUCUUCUUGGCAGUCCGAUUUGUAUGUGUUUUUAAAUGAUACUGAUUAGUACUGUUAACACAUUCGAUAGAUAUAAUAUGACAUCGGUAGCAAAUAAAAGAGUGUUAUUUACCGUAAAGAUAAAUUGAAACAGUGACAUCGCUACGGACUGAACGCUGUUCAUACAAGGGAACUAGGAAAGCGAUAAAUCUACGACAAGGAAAAGGUUUUAGCCGCUGCUGUACCAUUAGGGUGGGCCUUGUACAAUAUAAAAGGGACGAAUGUUGGACUGAAGAAAAUGAAACACGGUAGAAGCUUAGAUUGUGUAAGAAAUAAAAUGUCUUUCUAUAUGA